AGUGUGGCGAGACACUGCCCUGGGCGAGCAGCACCAUGACGCCUGCCCCUGGUCAGCUGGUGGCCGGACUGGUGCUGGUGCUGGCAGCUGGAGGUCAUGGGGUCACGCUCAAAGGAGCUCCUGUAAGCAGUGGACUGUCACCUCUAACAUCAGUUACUACAACCACGAGAUCUGUCAAGACUUCUGUGCGGUCCGUGGUCAGCGACACGGCCCCGGUCGGUGUUGUCGACGACGCGGUGCUGGGCGGUGGACGUGUCGUCGCUGCUGCCACCGCGACUGCUGCCAACCCCUUCGAAGGUAGCCUAGCAGGGACAAACGUCAAAGCUCCGACGGUUGUCUCCGUCACCUCGGACAAGGCGGGCGUCUCUGCCAUCCCAGACAAGGCAGGCGUCUCCACCAUCUCGGACAAGGCUAGCGUCUCUGCCAUCUCGGGCAAGGCAGGCGUCCCCGCUAUCUCGGACAAGGCGGGCGUCUCCGCUAUCUCGGACAAGGCAGGCGUCUCCACCAUCUCGGAUAAGACGGGCGUCUCCGUCAUCUUGGACAAGGCGGGCGUCUCCACCACCUCGGACAAGGCGGGCGUCUCUGACAUCUCGGACAAGGCGGACGUUGCCGCCGCUAGCCCAUUGUCCGUAGUGUUCGUGCCGGCCGCCUGCGGGCGGCGGCGCUGCUGUCGGAUCUGGAGCUCGACGCGGUACGCCUGCUCGUGCCUGCGCGCAGGCAGACGCUGCUUCGACAUCCGGCUGCCCCGGCCGCCCAAAAAGCGUAUUAGCCCGGUCCUCAGGGCGGUCAACCCACCGUGCGAUGUGCCAUGCUACCGCGCAUGUGGCAAAACGUGCUGCUAUAUUUACGGGUGCAGGUACCCAGCAUUCGGAAGACGUAAUUAUGUGAUUAUUAGCAAAGCCGAGUACGCGAAAUAUCUGCAGGCGGUGUAUGGAAAAGCUGUGCUUACAAAGCAUCCUCUCACGUCUCAUAAAAACGACUAUUCGGUCAAAAUAAAGCCUGGUGUCAAGGGCUAGGGAGUGGGCGUAGUAGACCAUUGGUUCCACAUUACGUUGUUUCGCUUGUUUGGUAAGAAUGCAAAAAUCAUGCGAGAUACCUCCAAUAUCCGGUAAAAUCCUGGCACAGCAGAACUAAUGAAACAGCUACAUGUUUCCGGAAUGCAGUGCAUCUCAUGUCUCUUUCUCUCAUCCUGUGUAUGGCGAAUAACCUUCCCGUCGUUCAGGAGGCAGUCCUUUUCACUUUCAAUUUCGUGACCCUCGCCGUUACUGCCAUCGCAUACUAGGUAUUCAUUGUCAGACCCUCGUGGGAUACGCAUGUAGGUAGGGUCUAAAAAACCAGCAUAUGACGCAGACGUGCAAUUUUUCCGAAACGGGUUGUUCGAUUGCCUUUAAGUCUUCACCAAUUGAUUUUGUGCAAUGAGAUGAAUCAUGGGAGACAAUAUCGAGAUCUGACCUGAGGUCAAACACCUCAAAAACGCGAGGGGAAAAUUUUGCACCCAAAUGCAGAGAACCCAGAUCUCAGAGCCUACUGGACCGAUCACUGUGAAACCCGUUCGUCAUUGGAUGCCCCACACCUGAUUCCCCCGUGCAGUUCCAAAUUUAGUGACCCUAUGUCAGGUCGAAACUCGUCAAAUUUUACAAAGUCCAAAAUUUUUGUUUGCAGACAACUUAUAGCUCAGAAUGUACAACGCCGAUAUCUGUCAAACCUUACUAUUCAGUACGCCAUUAACUCUAAUUUUUUUUGAAGGUGCAAGCAUGGUGCCAUUUAUACUUCUGCCUUUUCCUUUAUUUUUAUUCCAAAGAAAAAGUGCAGCUUGGUUAAGCUGGUCCAGUAGCCUUGGGCUGGCUGUAUGAGGUUAAUUUCGCCUUAGCGGAGAUGUGCUGAAAAUGACGCGCUGAACUGUGCAUGGUAUCGCCACGAUUAACAUCUCCGCUAAAUAGAAAUUCAACCUCAUACCAUCAGCCUAACCAAGUUGCCAUUUUUCUUGGGAACAAACAUAAAGGAAAAGGUAUAAUUAUAAAUGGCACCAUACUUACAGCUUCAAUAAAAAUGGGGGGGGGAUAUAUGGCGCACUAAAUGGUAAGGUUCGGCAGAUACCGGGGUGGCAGAUUCUGAGUUGUAAGUUGUUUGCCAGCAAGAAAAGUGACUUUGUGAAUUUUGACGAGUUUUGACCUGCCUAGGGUCACCAAACUUGGAACUGCAAGGGGAGCCAGGUAGGGGGCAUCCAAUGGUGAUGGUUUCACAGCGGUCGGUUCAGUAGGCCCUGAGAUCUGAGCUGUCAACGUUUGUAUGUAAAAUUUUCCCCUCACAUUUUCGAGGCGUUUGACCUCAGGUCAGGUCUUGAUGUUGUUCCCCAUGACCCACAUUAUUGCACGGACUCGAUUGGUGAGGGCUUAAGGCGAUCGGAUGAGCCGUUUCGGAAAGUUUGCGUGUCUGCGUCACAUACAGAUUUGCGUGUCUGCGUCACAUACAGACUUUUUAGACUCCACCGCGCACGUUCCUCUUUCAGCGGGCCUCAGGGAAUCCUGGGUACAGAUAGCUGACAUUUAAUCAGUCGAUUGGUGGGGUGCACGAAUGUGAUUCUCGUGCGGAGCAAUACAAAGCAGUGUGACUGGCCAUAACAUCAAUCCUGCUUUGCUGUCAGGUUGUAAAAGAUGUAUCGAGUGUUUUUCAGGUUCGCCUCAACGUUGGAUGCGUUUUGAAUACUGCAACACCAAUAAAUUAUGCAAGACAUU